AUGUCCACCUCUGAGAAAGAUACCGUCGCAGCCGCUGUCGCCGUCGAGGGCGUCGCGUGCAACAACCUCCUCGCGCCCAACACGCGACUGGACAACGCCAUCGCAAACUCUCGAAAGAACAAACUGCCGGAAAUCGCCGUCUCCCCCCUCCAAGGUCAGUUCCUCGCCAUUCAGUGCCAGCUGAUAGGCGCCAAGACGGUCCUCGAGAUCGGCACACUCGGCGGGUACUCGACCAUCUGGCUGGCGGAGACGGGCGCCAAGGUCACCAGCAUCGAGAUCGACCCCAAGCACCGCGACGUCGCGCUGCAGAACGUCGCGGGUCUCGAUGUCGAGAUUAUCCUGGGCGCCGCCCUGGACGUCCUCCCCAAGUUGGCCGCCGAGGGCCGCCGGUUCGACAUGGUCUUCUGCGACGCGUCCUGGGGCGAGCAGGAGAAGUACUUCGACUGGGCGGUCAAGCUGACGAGGCCGAAGGGGUGCAUCUAUGUCGACAACGUCGUCUGGAACGCACUCGACAGCGGCGCAGUGGAGUCGGGUAAGGAUUCGCUCUUGACGCACGUGGGCAAAGACAAGAGAGUCAAGGCUACGCUCGUUCCGAUGAUCUCAACGGCGCACACGGCCUCCAAGGGGCGGACCAUACUAGAUGGGUUCUUGUUGGCGGUGGUGAAUUAGACACUGUGUGCGAGGUGGUGAUGUCGACAGCCUUGAUGCUACUAUGAUUUCCUUCGUGAGCAUUUUGUUACAGAGGUAUUAUUAAUUUGGCGAGAAAACGACAAGAAUGAAUGAAAAACCCAUGGAAACUGUCAUUUAAAGAGCUAUUCUAUAUUUGGUGAUGAUGGAAUCUAGACGAUGAUGACGACCCAUGAAUAGGCAGACCACUGACCCUGAGUAAGUCCCCGUAGUCUACACUUCUAGUUUU